GCCGACGAGGCUUCGAAAACUAGUGAAAAUCCCGAAUUCCUAAGAAAAAGAGAAAACCUCGUUAUUAAUUGAGCGGUAUUAUGGAAAAUCUGACUCGGUGAAAAAAAAAAGAAUUUGACUCGGUAAAACAAAACCGCGGUAUCAGUAACCCUGUGAGCCUUUUGUUUGUCCGUGCAAUUGUAAUUCUUUCAGAUACGCGUUAGUGCGCGGGUGUCGAUGUUACAGGUAGGAUGCCGUGAUAGUCGGUAGACGCAUCUUCGAGACCAUUUUUUUAAUCUUGCGCCGUUUGGGAAUCGAGAGGGUCAAAGUUACCAUUUUCUCGCCGACAAUGCUCGAGGGUUGGAGACUAACGUUAUCGAAAUGUUUUCUGAUACCCCAACGAUACGUUUUGGCCAUCAUGGGAUUCUUCGCAGUCGUCAACGCGUAUACCAUGAGGGUGUGCCUAUCUCUAGCUAUAACCGAGAUGGUAGUCCCAAUAAAUACUACCGAGCACUUCGAUCCAGAUGCCUGUCCAAGCGAUUCGCCAAACUCGACUCUCGGGGCUGUCAAAGAUACCAACACUCUAUAUGACUGGGACGAAAAAACUCAAGGGUUAAUUUUAAGUUCGUUUUAUUGGGGAUACGUGGUCACCCAUCUGCCCGGUGGACUGUGGGCAGAAAGGUUCGGUGGAAAAUACUCGUUGGGGCUGGGAAUACUCUCGACGGCAGUCUUCACGCUCAUAACGCCCUGGGUAAUUUAUAGCUCCAACGGCAAUUGGAAAGUUCUCGUAGCGCUUAGAGUAUUAGAAGGUAUCGGAGAGGGUACGACUUAUCCCGCACUAACCGCCCUACUGGCCAAAUGGGUACCCCUACAAGAAAGAGGCACGAUAGGAAGCAUAGUAUACGCCGGUAGCCAGUUUGGUACCAUUCUCAGUAACUCGAUCAGUGGCGAACUGAUCAGGUUCACGGAGAAUUGGGCAUCUGUUUUCUACUUCUUCGGAGCCGUGGGGAUAUUAUGGUUCCUAAUUUGGGUACUGCUGUGCUAUUCUGAGCCGGAUACCCAUCCCUUUAUCAGCGACAAGGAAAGGGAAUACCUUGCCGUCGAAUUGAGCGGACUCAGUGACCGAAAGUUGGAUGUUCCUUGGAAAAAAAUUUUCACGUCGGUGCCAGUAUGGGCGCUGAUAAUAACCCAAAUCGGUCAUGAUUGGGGUUUCUUUACCAUGGUAACGGACCUACCAAAAUACAUGAAAGACGUGUUGAAAUUCAACGUCGCGGAGAAUGGACUGUGGUCCUCGUUACCAUACGUGAUCAUGUGGUUCAUAUCUUUAGGAUCGGGUUGGCUCAGCGAUUGGCUCGUGAAGACCGGUUACAUGAGCCUCACUUUUUCAAGAAAAUUUUUUACGUCUGUUGCCUCUCUGGCUCCGGCAAUAUUCAUCAUAGCCGCUUCGUAUUCUGGGUGUGACAGGAUGCUCGCGGUAUCCAUGUUCACCAUCGGUUUAGGUUUCAUGGGUUGCUAUUAUUGCGGAAUGAAAGUUAACGCUUUAGAUUUAUCGCCCAACUUUGCCGGUACAUUAAUGGCGAUCAUCAACGGUAUCGGUGCGUUGAGCGGUAUAGUUACUCCCUAUCUCGCCGGCGCUUUAACGGAAGACCACACUUUGGUGCAAUGGAGGAGUGUUUUCUGGAUAACAUUUGGGGUAUUUGUCUUCGUCAAUGCUGUUUAUUGCUUGUUCGGAACCGGCGACGUCCAAGUCUGGAACGAUUUGCAAAAGGAAGAAUUGAAAACGGAGAAGUUCAAAGGAUCAGAAAAUGGCAACGGCGUUCGGGAAGGCAUCUACGAAAUGAAAGAUUAGAAAUGUAAUUAUUUAUU